AGGGACUCUUCAAGCCUGUGCGGACCGAUAAUGUAUUUGAAUAAAUAAAGCGGGAGUUUUAAAAUAAAUCGCAUAAGGUCAGCAAUCCUAUACAUACAAUGGACUAACACUGGUCACUCUCUCCCUUCAAGAAAGAAGCAAAAAGAAACAAAACACGACUGAACGAACGCUUUUGACAAUGCGGGAGUUCCCAGAAUUCCCCCUUCCUCGAAUUGCUCGAUUGUUUUGAAUCUCCGCUAAACUUGCCCAUUCGAACCCAUGUUGCUAAGCCACCAAAGUAAGCGUCCCUUCUUUGCGGCAUUUUGCUGGCUCUUUAUCUUUGGUCCAUUUGCUCCAUCUUUCUCACAAUAUGCAACAACGAUUAUUCACCAGCAGUGCAGCCGUUGCAAAGUACUACAAAGUCACCCUGAAACGAUCCACCAUCGGCCUUUCUCAAGAUUAUCGAGCAGCCGCAAAGACUUUGGGUCUUGUUCGUCUCCAUCAAACGACAUACCAACCUGUCAAUCCUAGCACAGCAGGUCUCAUUCUCAAGUUGAAAGAACUCGUUCAUGUCGAAAACGUGGCAUCCAUACCCACCAAGGAACAAUUAUUGGCAGCAAAACCCGAGCGAGGAUACAAAGUCAUCAACAAUAUCCUGUAAACGUACCUGAUGUCGGUCACCAGUCAUUCAUGAUUCAGCAUCAAGGAACAACCACCCAUUGGAAAUAGUCUAUAUAAUUAAAAUCUUUGAAAAAUUAGCAAUUUGUAAAUCACAUGACUUCCACACUAAGCUAUCGGAACCUUUUUUUGUGCCUUCUCUCUUCAGAACCUCUUAUUAUUCUUUUCUUUUUUUUUGGUGCCUUCUUUUCUUCUUCAACUACACUAAGCUAUCAGAACUUCUUGAUAUCUUUUUGCAAUACACCAAGUCAUUAGAAUCUCAAUUCUUUCGAUAUUGGUGCCUUUUUUUUUUUUUUUGUUCAUCUUUG